AUGCCUUCAGGUCCUAAGAAGAGAAAAACUGCCAGGAAAAAGAAAGAGAAGGAAAACAAAAUCAACACUUUAACCAACAACCCCCAAGGAAGUGGUUAUUUGAAGUCAAUAGACGAGAAAGGAAGUGAUGGUGGUGGUGAGGGUAAUUUUCCUGCAUAUCAUGAACAUGAUGAUCAGCAUAAUCCAUUCAAGGAUGGAAGUGAAGAGCUGGUAUCUGCUGCUCAACCACAUGCUUCUGAUGUUGGGUCCAUGAAAGAAGUCUCUGGUGAUGUCAAGAUUGACCAAGUGUUAGGAGGAAAAGAAGAUUGUGUUGUUUUGGUAGAGAGAUGUUUGAACUCUGAGGAGAGUUCUAACUGCAAAAAUAUAAUUUUUGAGCACAAUGAGACCACCAAGAACUCGGAGAAUGGAAAUUGUAUUUCAGUCGAAGAGGCAAUUAUUUGUCAAGAGUUUCUUAAGUCUGUGUAUGAGGAGACUGUAAAUUCAGCUGUUGACACUUCUUUUAAGUCAGUUAAGGCUAUGGCGGCUGAUUCUGAGAUAGAAAACAGUGACAGUGGAAGUGUAGUACUAGAGAAGUCAAUAAUCCAUUCUGUAGAAGUGACCAAUCUCGCUAUGAAGAUAAAGGAGGAUAAUAUAUGUCCCUUAACCAAUGAGAAUGUGACAACAUUAAGUAUGGAGAAGCCUAAGCCAAAGGAAUGUGAUAGUAAAAUUUUAACUCCAGUGUCUGCUAGUCCUUUCACUAAAUUUACCAAUGGUGCAGAACAUGUCAAGGAUUGUGAUCCCGCAGAAAGUUCCGAUUAUCAGCCUCAUGCAGCAUUGGCUCGAAAUGUGGCGCAAAAGACCUCAUGGUUGAGUUGCUGUGGACUGUUUGAAGUUCUGUCAACUUCAAAUAAAUAA